UAUAAUUAUUUUAAUUCGAUUUGUGACUAGAGCCCCGGGAAAUGUCACCUUUUCAUUUCCGGGUUACGUCACACUUAGCGCUGACAUUGUACCUGGCAUUACAAAUGCCAGGCUUCUUUUCCGACUCGUUCACAUGCGUUAUUAAUUUUUCAUCAACAUGUCAUCCACCACGGCGCCUUUUAACGAGGAGCAACAGCGCCAAGGAGCACAGGCGCCCCUGAGCACCGAGUACAUCCCCACGGAGGAGGAGAAGAGAGUGUUCAGGGAAUGCAACAAGGAGAGCUUUUGGUACAGGUCGGUGCCGUUCUCUGUGGUGAGCAUGGCCAUCACUCAAGCUUUGGUUGCCAGAGGGUCUCUCUCUGCAUCUCCAAGGUUUGGAUCUCUUCCCAAAGUUGCCUUUGCUGGCUUCUGCGGCUACCUGGCCGGGAAGAUGUCUUACAUGAAGACGUGUCAGGAGAAGUUCCAGAGGCUGGACAACUCUCCUCUGGGAGAGGCCCUGAGACGGAGGAUGGGAUUCUCGCCACAGCUUCCUAACGGUGCUCAGUCAGAACUGGGUGAUCCCAACAGUCCGAGCUAUGACGCCAUGUUCCAGCCAUCGGAGACGCCGGAUCGCAGUUCAGAACAUGGAUAUGGAUUUAAUCCGGAAGCGCCCGUUUCCACGAGGAGAGCAGAUGACUUUAAUGUACCAGUUCAGUCCUACGAAGAAGAAAAUGAACCCAAGAGGAAGUCCAUCCUUUAUGAGGACCUGCGGCUGAAAAACCGUGAGAACUACGAGGUCACGCUGAACCAGAAGGCCGAGUCGCUGAUCAAAAGCCCCCCUGAAAAGGAGCAGGAAAGACCAACAAAAAGCGCGAAGAAGAACAUCUAUGGAGACACCUGGGAAGAAUGAGGAUUUUGUUUGUAAAAAUGUGCUUCACUGAGCUUGUGACUGUGACGUCUGAGUCAAUUAAACCAAAGUGCUCGAAAUGUUCA